AUGUCUGACAACGAAGGCCCCCGCCGCGACCACGGCUCGUCGAAUGGCGACCGAGGUGACAAGAAGCGCAAAUGGGCAGAUCGCGAUCGCAGAAAUGCUGCGCGGGGAGGUGGUGGACGCCAACAGCACGGAAGCCGUCCGAAUAAGAAGAGAAAUAUGGGGCGUAAGGAGCAUAAUUCUUCCCAAUUAGAUCGACGGGAUCGCAAUGCCGAACAGCAAGCCAAAUAUAAAGAGCAGGACGAGAAAGGUGAAAAUGAGCGACCAGCUCUACCCGCAGCUUUUCCUGCUGAAGAGCUCGAAGCCGAGGAGCGCAGGCCGAAGCGCAAAGUCGCAGUCAUGAUUGGUUAUUCAGGCACUGGCUAUAAGGGCAUGCAGAUCGACAACAAGCAGAAGACGAUUGAAGGCGAUCUGUUCAACGCUUUCGUUGCGGCCGGCGCAAUCUCCAAGGCGAACGCAUCUGACCCCAAAAAGUCGUCCCUUGUGCGUUGCGCUCGUACCGACAAGGGUGUACACGCUGCCGGCAACGUUGUGUCUUUGAAAUUGAUCAUCGAGGAUGACGAUAUUCUCGAAAAGAUCAACAGUCAUUUGCCCGACCAGAUCAGGGUCUGGGGUAUCCAGCGAACGAUCGGCUCCUUCAGCUGCUACCAGGCAUGCGACUCGAGAUGGUACGAAUACCUUAUUCCGACGCACUCGUUCCUCCCACCACACCCUUCCAGUUACCUGGGCAAGAAGCUGGAAGAGUAUGCAGAGAUAGAGAACGAUCUAGAGGGGUACCGUAAGAGGCAAGCCGAGGUCGCAGACUUUUGGCCCGAAGUCGAGGAGAAGCACAUCAAACCUAUCUUAGAGUCUCUGGAUGACUCAAUACAGCCGCUCGUUCUAGAAGCACUUUACAACGUUGACGCUGUCGAUGCGCAACCCGGUCAAGACCCCGUAAUCGACGCUUCAAUCGACGAUGAGCCCGAUAAAGGGAAACCUGCGACCACCGAAGCUGCUAAGGAGACUGCAAUGCCAGAUGCAGACGAGACCAACACGAGUGAACAACCUGUAGAUGAGGUUAAGCAGGCCAUCGACGCGAUAAAGCAGAACGAACCCAACGUCACUCUCAAUAACUCCACCGACGGCACGCGCCCUCUGCCCGAAGGCGUCGUGAAUCAGCCUGUCCUUGAAGAAGCCAUCAAGACGCUCAAAAAGGCCUACAUUGACAUCAAGAAGGCCUACCGCAUCUCUCCCGAGCGACAAGCGCGCGUCCAAGCCGCACUCGACAAGUAUCUCGGAACCCACAAAUACCACAACUACACCGUCCACAAGAAGUUCAACGACAAAUCCGCCCAGCGCUACAUCAAAAGCUUCAAAGUCGCACCCAAACCCAUCAUCAUCAACGACACCGAAUGGCUAAGCCUCAAAGUCCACGGUCAAAGCUUUAUGAUGCAUCAGAUCCGCAAAAUGGUCGGCAUGGCUGCCCUAACAGUUCGCUGCGGUACUGAUCCCGCCAUCAUGGACAAGAGCUUCGGCAACGAGGUCGUGCGUAUUCCUAAAGCACCGGGCUUGGGCUUACUUCUUGAGCGCCCUGUUUUCGACUCCUACAACGCCAAACUUGCCAAACAGCAUGCUCGCGAUCCCAUCGAUUUCAAUAAGUACAAUGAUAAGAUUGAGGAAUUUAAGGAGAGGGAGAUUUAUCAGAGGAUUUUCCGGGAGGAGGCGCAAGGGAAUCAGUUCAAUACCUUUUUUACCCACUUGGAUAAUUACAAAGAUCCGCAGUUCCUGUACCUGACGUCUGGAGGUAUCGAGGCGACCAAGAGGAAGCGUGAAGAUAAGUCUGUGCAGCGCAACUUUGAAGAGGAUUCUGAGGAUGAGAAUGCUAGUGGUGGAGAGGGUUGA